GCGGAAGUGGCGGGCGUUGCCGGGGUAACCAACGCCGUGGCGGUCUGCGGGGGACUGCGGCCAUGGGCGAGCUGGGCCCGGACGAUGGGGCCGGGAACACGUACAGUCUGCGGCCCGGCCUGCAGCGCCGAUUUAAAUCAUCCACAGUAAAAGAAUGCAUCCAUGCAAUACUGAAGGAGAAGCUGGCCAAUGUACAGUACAUCCCAGAAGAAAUGCCUCAGCUUACAAAGUCAUUAUCAGAGAUGAUAAAAGACAGACUAAAAGAGGAAGGAUUUGACAGGUACAAAAUGGUGGUGCAGGUUGUGAUUGGAGAGCAAAGAGGAGAAGGAGUGAAUAUGGCUGCGCGAUGUUUCUGGGAUGCUGACACUGACAGCUAUGCUCAUGAUGUGUUCAUGAAUGACAGCCUGUUUUGUGUGGUAGCUGCGUUUGGCUGCUUCUAUUAUUGAAGAUGGUAGACAUUGCACAGAAGGACAGAGGUGGGGGAGAACGCUUUAGGGUAUUUUUUGUUAACGUGCACAAAAGCAUCACGUUCUUCCUUUAGUACCUACAAAAUAACAGCUCUACAAAGCAUGUCCUACACCUGUUCUACACACUACAACUUUCCUUCUUCCUUGUGGAUAUCGAUACAGCUUUAAGCACAACUUUAUAAUGUCCUUUAUUUAAAUCGCCCUUUGUUUUUAUAUAGUGUUGGUUUUGUCCUAAAAGUGUAUUGCCAAUAGUCCUUGUUUCUAAGGCAAACUCAGCUUUCAUCUUGAAAGGGUUCUGUUGCUUUUAUUUUUGUUAAUUUUCUGAAAUGAAUGAAAUAUUUAUAAGAAAUGUAACAUAAUAAAUCUAUGUAUUUAA